AUGAUGGGUCUGGAGGUGGCUCGGGUGUCCCUGGUGAACGUGGACGGAUCGAGCCAGUACGACGCUCUGGUCCAGCCCGAGCACGAGAUCAUCGACUUCAACACGCGCUUCUCCGGAGUCACCAAGGAGGACUACGUACUGUACAAGGGGAAAACUCUGAAGCAAGCCCAGUACGACCUGCUCCACUACAUCAAGAGUGACACGAUCCUCGUAGGGCACGGCAUCGAGAACGAUCUUCGGGCGCUGAAGAUUGUUCACACCUUGGUGGUAGACACAACGGCGAUCUUCCCUCACGAACACGGAAUCCCGUGCCGCAGGUCCUUGAAGAGCCUUGCGUCCUCCAGUGAGUCAUGA